AUGGAUGAAGAAUUAAAUGUAUUAAAAUCCAUUUAUUUGGAUGAUUUAAUUAUAAAUUAUGAUAAUCCAAUUUCUUUAAAUAUAAUAAUCGAUUCUAAUGGAGAUGAAAAUGAUUUAGAUCGUGAGAAACGUUUAUUAUGUAUAACAUUUAUUGCUGAACUUCCAUCAACAUAUCCAGAUUUAAAUUCACCUAAAAUAACUCUUUGUCGUCCUCGUGGUUUAACAGAUGAACAAAUCAAUGAAUUAAAUUCUUUAAUAUAUUCUUGUCUUGAAUCAAAUAUUGGUUCUUGUGUACUUUAUGAAUGUAUUGAAUCCAUACGUUCGAAAUUAUCUUUUUAUGAACUUCCUCAGGAAGCUUGUGCUAUAUGUUUAACAUUAAUAAGUAAUCGAAAUGAUAUAAUAAAAACGAAUUGUCAUCAUUUUUAUCAUAAAAAUUGUCUUAAAUCAUAUGUUGAUAUGAAAAAAAUUGAAUUAGAAGAAAAUUAUCAAGAAUUAAAAAAAAAUGGAUUUUAUAUUGAACGUGAUUUUCGUAAUGAUAUUGAAGAUCCUGUAUGUCGACAAAUAAUUGCAAAUAAUGUUAUUGAACAAUUACCAUCAUCAUCACCAUCAUCAUCAAUUGAACAAAAUUCUAAUGAAGAACAUCGAGAAUUAAUUAAAAGUCUUUCACCACAUAUAAAACAAUGGCAAGAAAGAACACACGCACUUUUUCAGCAACAAAAAGAAAAAGGAGGAAUUAUUGAUCUUGAUAAAAGUCAAGAUAUGAUAUUUAGUUAA